AUGUCCGCCGAGGCUUCUUCCAUUCGGCAGGACCCAACCGACAACAACAAUACCACUACCACCGUCACGGCCAAUAACCCGGAACCCCACCUGGACAAAGGUGAUAUAUCAAUAAAACCAGAUUCUUUGAAUACGGCGCCUGAUGAUUCGACAACAAUAAAGAAUAAUGAUUCUGAUGGGCAUGUCAAUGGGGCCAAAACGGCCUCGAAGAAGAGUUCGGUGCUGCCCGACUGGGUGACAGAACAUUUGACCCUACGCGACUUCAAGAUUCUUAUCCGAUGCAGUAUCGCAGGAUGGGCGUCCUUUCUUUUCGUCGUUAUCAAUCCCGUUCUUCAGAAUUUUGGCCAGGCAGCCUUCAUGGGCAUGCUCUGUUUGUUUAUAAAUCCGCCGUCUACGAUCCUGCCGCUAUAUCUCCUGGCUGCGACCACAAUCCUUCUUGGUAUAUGUCUGGCUUGGGGAUGGGGUACUCUAGCAUCUUUGGCUGCUAUGUCGCGGCGUGAUGAUGACCUUUACAGUGCUAGAUACAACGCUAUUCGACAGGCCGCUGCCGGAACGCCAAAUCCCAGGUUUUAUAUUCAAAGACAGAUAUUCAAUGGCGAACUCCUCGAAGCCGGCCCUACUAUAACGCUGCUGGCGAUGUGCUUGGUAUUUGUUUAUUGCAUGGCAAGGAUACAAGCAAGCUUCCCAAAACUUACCCUCGUGAGCAUAUUCGGAAUUAUCGUCAUCGAUCCCUACAUCACGACAGCGCCUUUGCUUAAUAAUUUCAACGGGACUCUUCCGCUCAUAUUCGUCAAACCACUAGCUUCUGCAGUAGGAAUCGGUGUCGUGUUAUCUAUCUUUUGUUUCCCAGAGUCUUGUUCUCAUGCGACAUUGGCUCUACUUACGAAAUCUCUAGGCAGGGUACGGGAGGCGCUAGACAUCACCAGAGCCACGUUAGAGGAUUUGGAACGAGAUAUAGCCGUUGGAGAUAUCAAGAAGCUCAAGGAAAAGAUAAUCGAAGAGCGAACGGAGAUUGACCUAGGUUUUACAUUCAUGGGUUUGGAAUUCAGCUUAGGUCGGUGGUCCGGGGAGGAUGUUAGGUCUUUGAAAGACAUCUUCCAGGACCUAUACAUCCGCACAAAUGUCCUAUUGAACUUUCAUCUUUUACGCCAAGAAUAUCGCUCGAAGAUUCUCCACGGAUCUCCCAAAGCCGACUACCCCGCCGAUGAUGACUCCGACAGCAGGCUUGACAAGAGUCAAGAGCAUCUCGAGAAACCUCAAAAGAGCGAUAAACGUGAAAAACGCCCACGACGUGCUGGGGCAAGUCAGACAUUAGCAACGUUGACAGUUUAUGAAUUCCUUCGUCCGGAACCAGAAAUCGUAAAACUAGGUCAAGAUGCUCUCAAGGCCGUUGAGGACGUUUCCCGUGGCCUUUUUAUAGCCUGCGACGAUGCUUUAUCCACUUCCUCUGAAAUCAUGACUUCCGUCAAUUCUACACGAUGGUUUGGGUCUCCCAAGAAAAGCGAAAUAGACGCUAUGGUCGAAAAACAUACGCGGGUUUUGGACAAUCUGAAGCAUGAGCGUGAUUACUUUGCGCGGCAUGCUGUCGACCGAGUGGUGGAACCUAUUAGCCAGUUCUUUGACAAAGAGGGAAAACUUGUUGAAGCCACAGAGAGGGAAAAGUCUGUUAGACUACCGGGCUUGAUGAUUGGCAUCAACUACAAGCACAGGAUUCUUUCAAUGGCAUCCGUACUGGUAGAUCUUCUAGAGAAAUUGAUCGAUCUGGAGAUGAAAAGGACCCGAGCGAGACUAUGGAUGCCAUUUGCUUUUACAGGCCUCUUUUCAUGGGCUCUCAGCCCAGAGCCAGUUCGCGAUGAUAAUGCCCUCGAAAGAACUGAGACUCGGCAGGAGAAGGAAGGGGGUAAAGUUAAGCAACUGAAGGCAAAGAAGAACAAAAAGGCUAAGAGCAAGGAAGCAGUCCAACCAAGGCAGACAGUGGGACGUCAAAGAAGCAGAUUCGCCCAGGCACUGACGAGCGUUUUCCACUGGUUAACCAACAACGAAGGCGUUUUCGCAGCUAGAGUGGUUAUCGUCACGUUAGUUAUGGCUAUUCCCGGUAUUCUGCGUCCAACAGCAGAGUUCUGCUAUGACAAUAGGUCUAUCUGGGCUUUGAUUAUGGCACAGCUAACGAUAUCACAAUACUUGGGCGACUUUAUAUUCUCCGUUGCUAUGCGGACUUUUGGUACCGUGGUCGGCGGGGUUUGUGGCCUAAUCGUCUGGUACAUCGGCGCAGGGUCCGGUCCUGGCAAUCCAUACGGCAUCAUGGCAAUUCUUGCGCCGUUUGUCGUCAUUGGGAUUACGAUCAGAGUUUUUGCUCCACGCGAAUGGAUGAUGCCGGGCGUAAUGGGCGUGGCAACAUUGAUGCUUGUCAUCGGCUACUCCUGGGAAGUUCACUACUUACCGCAACUUAUUCACGCUGAACCCGGUUAUGGCGUAUUCUAUCGUAGACUCUUGUUGGUCAUGGUGGGAUUCGCAGCUGCAAUCAUUGUUCAAAUAUUUCCUCGUCCGCCAUCAGCGACACGUAACGCUGCCAAAUCGCUUGCGACUGUCCUCUCUGAGCUUACUCAAUUUUAUUCCGACACUAUGUCUGAUUUCCUAUCCGCCCCAGACGACCAAGAAUUUUCUGCGGAGGAAGUCAAGGAACGAGUAGCCGAAUUGUAUUUUUCGAUGCAGGAACUUAUUCCCCGAAUCAAAAUGGUCAAAUUCGAACCAAGCUCUAGUCCAUUCACUUCUGAAAAUCUCAUGGAUAUUGCGGAUUACCUUGGCAAGAUCCUGGAGAGUCUAAGCAUCAUGUCACUUUUGACGCCCAGGUUGUCCCCUAUGUACAAGAGAAGACUAGAAGUACAGACAGAUUUUGCAAGAACGGAGACUGUUGCCAGUAUUAUGGCCAUUCUUGGGGUUUUGGAAGGAAGUUUGAGGACAGGAUACCCAUUGGCCGAAAUUCUACCGGUUCCCCUGUUGGGAAGGUUAAGGAACUUGGGAGGGCCAGCUGACGGUGUGGACUCACUAACGAUAGAUAUGCUGAAAGACGAAGAGUGGACAACAUUUGUAGUUAUGAUGAUGUCCAUCACCACCUUGUACUCGCGUAUCGACGAUCUUGUAAUGCACAUAAAGGGAGCAGUAGGAGAGAAGUACUUCGUCACAGGACUCCCACACCACUCGCAUACCCACCAUCAUAAUCACCCCCAUGAACAAGCCUCUACAGAGGAAAAUAGUUCAAUUAAUGUGUAG